UCUGCACACUAUGGUGAGAGCUCUUCUCUUCUCUUCCCUUCUUACUGAGAGAGAGUCAAAAACGAAAAAAACACAAAAGACCAGAGAGAGAGAGACCCACUAGAAAGUAGAAAACAGAUCCACACUUUCUCUCUCUAAACAUUAUUUUCUUUUCCCUUUUAAAGCCUUUUUUUUUCUUUUUCUGGGAGGGAAAAAUAUCACAAUCAGGAAAAAAAGUCCGACUAAAACCUUACACUAUUUGGAAAAAGAUAGUCUCUGUGUUUGAGAUUUUGCUUUUUCUUCUUAUUGUUUUUUUAUAUUUUUUAUUUUUUUUUGGGUUUGUGUAUAGUGAUUUCUAGCUCAUAUUUCUCGACUGUGGGCAGCUUCAAAUCAUUACUUGGCUUCCUUUUGUCUUCAAAAAGCUCUUUCUCUUCGAUUAGCGUAUGCACUUCUCUCCUUCGCUCUAAUUAAUCCCAUUUCUCCUUUUAGGUUUUUUUUUUUCUUUCUCUAUAUAUUUUGCUCAGAACGAGGGAAAAAAAUGUGGGUUGGUGUGGGAAUGUGAUGAGGAAUGAGAAAUGGGGUGCGUCUUUGGUAGAGAGGUGACUCCGAGGAAGGCAGCGGCGGAGAGGGAAGGGAGAAGAGAGAGGGAGGAAGUUAGAGUUGCUAGAGUGCAGGAGGAAACUGGUAGCCAGGUUAGAAAUGGAGGAGAGGAUCGGAAGGAGAAAACUGAGGUGGAGGUGGAAGAGGAGGGGAGAGUGCGGCCUAGAGGUGAGAGAAGGAGGUCCUCUAGACCAAAUCCGAGGUUGAGUAAUCCUCCCAAACACGUGCAAGGUGAACAGGUGGCUGCCGGUUGGCCCUCUUGGCUAUCCGCCGUCGCCGGUGAAGCUAUCAAUGGAUGGACCCCGCGACGUGCUGAUACUUUUGAGAAGCUUGACAAGAUUGGUCAGGGUACAUACAGUAAUGUGUACAAAGCCCGGGAUACCAUGACAGGGAAAAUUGUUGCGUUGAAGAAGGUUCGGUUUGACAAUUUGGAACCUGAGAGUGUAAAAUUUAUGGCUAGAGAAAUUUUGAUUUUGCGUCGUUUGGACCACCCCAAUGUUGUAAAAUUGGAAGGUUUGGUGACCUCAAGGAUGUCUUGUAGUUUGUACCUUGUUUUUGAAUACAUGGAGCAUGAUUUGGCUGGACUCGCAGCAAGUCCAAACAUCAAGUUCACAGAGGCUCAGGUCAAAUGUUAUAUGCAUCAGUUAUUAUCUGGCCUUGAACACUGUCACAACCUACAUGUGCUGCAUCGUGAUAUCAAGGGAUCAAAUCUUCUUAUUGGCAAUGAUGGGAUCCUUAGAAUUGCUGACUUUGGGUUGGCUUCUUCUUUCGAUCCUAACCACAAGCAGCCCAUGACUAGCAGGGUAGUUACUUUAUGGUAUCGACCACCAGAGCUGCUCCUCGGGGCAACUGACUAUGGCGUGGGUGUGGACCUUUGGAGUGCUGGUUGCAUUCUUGCUGAGCUAUUGGCAGGGAAGCCAAUCAUGCCUGGUCGCACUGAGGUGGAGCAAUUACACAAGAUAUUUAAACUAUGUGGCUCUCCUUCUGAAGAGUAUUGGAAAAAGUCAAAGCUACCCCAUGCAACCAUAUUUAAGCCCCAACAAUCAUACAAGAGAUGUAUAGCAGAGACUUUCAAAGACUUCCCACUAUCAUCACUGCCCCUAAUUGAAACCCUUCUUGCCAUUGACCCAGCGGAACGUCAAACUGCUACUGCUGCACUGAAGAGUGAAUUCUUUACUACAAAGCCUUAUGCUUGUGAGCCUUCUAGUCUUCCAAAAUAUCCUCCAAGCAAGGAAAUGGAUGCUAAACUACGUGAUGAAGAAGCUAGAAGAUUGAGAGCUGCUGGAAAGUCUAAUGCUGAUGGUAUUAAGAAGUCACGUCCACGUGAUCGAGCGGUAAAGGCAUUUCCUGCUCCAGAAGCCAAUGCCGAGCUUCAAGCCAAUCUUGAUAGGCGGCGUUUAAUAACACAUGCCAAUGCGAAGAGCAAAAGCGAGAAAUUUCCUCCACCUCACCAAGAUGGAGCACUUGGUUAUCCAUUGGGCUCCUCACAUCACAUUGAUCCUGUCUUUGAUCCCCCUGAUGUCCCAUUCAGUUCCACAAAUUUCUCGUAUUCAAAAGCACCUAUGCAGACGUGGUCCGGCCCAUUGGUAGACACAGCUUCAGUUGUUGCUCCAAGGAGAAAGAAGCAGAAAGAUAAACUUUCUGCUCGGGUAUAAGAGAAGGAAGGCAUGUAAUAUAAAUUCAGUUUACUUGAAAGAGUAUUCAUGAGGCUGCAAAGUUACGAAUCUGGCCAUUGAUAUUUGUUCCGGGAAAGCCAAUUAAAUUGCAAGAAGAGGUCAAAUAUUUUUAAAUUCAAUUUUCUUUUCCCUUGUUAUAUCAUUUUGUAUUAUGUGAAGUUCCUCUAGCAUUGUAUAUGUUUUUUUGUUUUCUUCUGAAGAUAGUGGAAAGAAUUAAUAAAUUUGUAUUGGUAACU